AUGGAAAAUAAUAUCCGUCAAAUAUCAAGUCAACAACAGAGGUCAAGAAGGGCCGAAAAUGAAAGGAAGAGGAGACAAAAUAUGAGCAACGAGCAGAGAGAAAACAAUUUGUCAAGACGACGUGAAAAUUAUAGGCGGCGAAAAGAGCAAGAGAAACAAGCUCAAACAUCUCGCCAUAUAAACAGUCAGUCGAGAGUUCCGUUUCAAAAUUUUACAAAUAUGACUUUUCCAAGAUCACACUUUCAAGGAACUCAUGACAGUGAAGCCGGUCCAAGUAGAAUUACACAUGUUAAUGAUGUUGCACUUGAUCGUAAUUGUACAUCACCUAAUCAACAAAACAUCACGAGUCAAUCCGAUACAGAUGAUAUGGAUGUUGAUGAAGCUUUAGAGGAUGCAGUAAUAUCAUAUGUUAACAUGGAUGCCAGAGAAAAUGGUGCAUUAUCACGUCGUCCUCAAGAAAUUCUUGCAUCUGGUCGUGGUAUAUACACGUUUCGUGCUCAAGGUGCUUUUUACCAUAACAUAGGAGGUUUCUAUCCAAAUGAGGGUGUCAGACCGCGUUUCUUACAACUAUACAUCUACGACACCGAUAACGAGCUACAUAAUAGAAUGCAGGAAAAUCCACAGCUGCACCAAAAUGUAGUUCACAAAUUACAGAAAAUGCUCCAUCAGUUUAAUCCUUUUGUAAUUAGGUUCAAGCAACUUUCAAUACUUCCAAAUAUCAGUGAAUGUAGCCUCAUACUUAAAGAGCGUCCACGUAAUCACCAUCAAUACAAUCUUCCAACUGCUGAACAAGUUGCGGCAAUUAUUGUUGGAUGUGAUGCAGAUUCUUUGGAUUAUGGAAGGGAUAUUAAUGUCAUUCGUUGUGAUGGAAAUCUCAAGAAAGUUCAAGAGACAAAGGGAUAUUAUGAUCCUUUGCAAUACCCUGUAUUGUUUCCAUUUGGGACGCUUGGUUGGGACAUCAACACAACAAAUUGCAAUGGACGAAGAGUGUCAUGUCGAGCAUAUUACAGUUACAUGCUUCAAAUUCGCCCAAAUGAUCAAUCAAUGUUGUUAAAUGCGGGUCGACUGUUGCAACAAUAUGUUGUAGACAAUUAUGUCAAAAUUGAAUCAGGGAGAUUAAGGUGGAUUAAAGAGCACCAAAGUGAUAUACGUUCUGAAUUGUACCAAGGUUUACAUGAUGCUUUGCAUGUUGGUGAAACUAAUGCAGAGAACAUUGGAAAAAGAACAAUAUUGCCAUCAUCAUUUAUUGGCAGUCGUCGAGACAUGACACAACGUUAUGAAGAUGGCAUGGCUAUUGUUCUUAAUGGCGGUAAACCAGAUAUUUUUCUAACAAUGACAUGCAAUCCUUCUUGGAGUGAGAUAACAUCAGAACUUUUGCCUUUUCAAACACCACAAGAUCGUCCAGAUUUGCUAACAAGAAUAUUUCGUUCGAAAUUUGAGAAAUUGAAGGAUGAUGUUAUUAAUAAAGGAGUCUUGGGUAAAGUUAAAAGCUACAUGUAUGUCACUGAAUUUCAAAAGCGAGGACUGCCGCAUGUGCAUAUGUUAUUGGUCUUAGAAAGUAACGAUAAGUUGCGUGACCCAAAAGAUUAUGAUAGUAUGGUAAGAGCAGAAAUACCUAAAUUAGAAUGUGAACCACAGUUGCAUGAAGCUGUUGUAAGACAUAUGAUCCACAGACCUUGCGGCAUAAUCAACCGAAAGUCUCCAUGUAUGAAAGACGGACAUUGUAAAAAAAGGUAUCCCAAACAGUUCUUGGAUGAAACACGUCAAGGCACUGACUCAUAUCCCGAGUAUAGGAGAAGGUUUGAUGAGUCUGUAUCGUUAGGUAAAGAUAGGUCUGUCGAUAAUAGAUGGGUGGUUCCUUAUAACCCUUGGUUACUGUUAAAGUAUGACUGUCACAUCAAUGUAGAGAUUUGCAGUAGCAUUAAAAGUAUCAAGUAUCUAUACAAAUAUGUGUACAAGGGCCCUGAUCGUGUGGCUAUGGAGGUUCAUAAAGGAUCAUACAUGGAUGAAGUUCAGCAAUAUGUUGAUGCAAGAUGGAUUUGUGCUCCCGAGGCAUUAUGGAAAAUAUUUGAUUCACUCUUUACCGAUUAUAUCCUUCGGUUGAAAGAUUGCAGAUCCACUUGCCGAACCGCCAUCAAGUGCGCUUUUAUGAUCAUCAGCAAAUUGCAGAUGUGUUAA